AUGAAGGAAACAAAUACUGAUCAGUUUGACGUUGAUACUUGGUGCAAUAAAUUAUUUUCAAUGACUUCAAUGGAAAGUCAAUCAACUAAGCGUCAUCAAGAUGUAGAAGGAUUUCCAGUACUGGAGAAUAAACUUAAUUUUUCAUCUCCUCACUUGGUUAACAACUAUCCAUUUGCUUACUCUCCCCCGUCAUCUGAGGAGUUCCAUUAUCGUCUAGCCUACUUUUUAAUACGUGAUUUUCAUCCACCGAGAAUACUAGAGGAAGAAGGAUUCAAGGUAUUAUUUGAAAUACUAUGGAAUAAAUUUAUAAAAAGAGAUGAAGAUAUGAAUUAUGAUCCUAAGUCGAAAUUCCUACCAUCAUCGGAUUUAAUGGAAAAUGAAAUAUUAACCAAUCUCUACAAAAAUAUAAAACUUAAUGUUGACAAUAAAAUCAAAUCAUUGAUUGCAUUACAGAACUCAGGAAAUUACUCAGUGAAUUUACCACAAAUUACUAUUUCAUUAAAAUUCUGGUCUCUAAAUCCACAUGACAAUUUUAAAUUAGAGAAAGAUAAUUUAUCAUUUGAAUUUGUUGAUGUAAAAUUGAAUUUCUUUGUAAAUACUCAACAUACUUCUAACAGUAAUCACAUUUUUUAUGGCACUUAUGAGAUCAGUAAAAUGCAAACAUUGUAUGAAAUUUUAAAACCAUGCUGGAAUUUGAUCUAUUCACAAUUUAAUACAAACUAUGAUUAUAUUUUAUCCGAAUGGCCUAUUAUAAUAUUAACUAAUUGUUCAGAGUAUGCUUCGAAUGCAUUCCAAGAACUAUGUCCAAUUUCGAAUUAUCUGAUAUUACCGUGUGUGGAUGUUCACAUGAGGAAUGCUGUGCAGUGCGCGUUAUCAGCAGUUGACCAAGUUUUAAAAAGCUACCAGAAAUCACUUCAAACAUUAGAUGAAAAUACACAACAAGUGAAAGACUUAACUGCAGAAGCAAAUUUUAAGAAUCAAUGGAAUUAUCAAGCCAAUAUAAAUGAAUCUUUAUCGGAUGUUUUAAAUCUAAUCACUCGUCUAAUUUCCAGACUGGACCAAUUACCUCAUUUUACUGACGUAGACAUGAAGCUGAUGAAUCGAAUUAUUAAAUCAAUUGAAAUUGUACACGACACUGAAAAACUUUGUAAAACCAGUUCGUCAAACUUUACUGUAUCAACCAUACUUCCGAUGCUGAAAAGUUUAUACUCAAUCACUGGAGAGACAAUGAACAACAACUUAUCCAAUCGUUUUUACACCACUAUGAUAACUUAUUUGAAAACAAUUUUUGAUCAGAAUAGUUCAUUGGCUGAAUUUCUGCUUAUAUCAACCUUUCUUGAUCCACGUUUUAAGCAUCUAAUGGAUCAAAGUGAAUAUGAACGUGUUGUACCUGUUUUACAAGCAAAAGUAUCAUCGCUUGAUCAGUAUAUUCAAAAAAUGGGAUUACAUUGUAAAAUAAAUUACAUGGAGGAAUUUCAGCACACUCUUAAUGAUUAUUUAAAUGAAAAACCAAUUAAUAUUAAUGAAAAUCCUAUUCAAUGGUGGGAUGAUCUAUGUCAUAAGUCAGAAAAAUAUUAUACUUUUAAAAUGUUGGCAUCAUACUAUUUGACUGUUCCAAUGAAUAUAUCAAAUAAUAAUAAUAGUAAUAACGCAAAUAUGAAUGAUAACAGGAACCAUUAUUCCCAUCAACAACAACAGCAAGGUAUAGAUAAAUUUAUCGAAAAAUGUGGAAAUUCCUUCAGAGAGGAAAAUUCUUCAAUACCAAUCAAUAUUAGUGGAAAAACUGAUACUGAACAUAACAUGUUUCAAGAAAAUCACAAACCUAAUGUAACAUUUAAUCACUAUUGUAAAUCAAAACAUUCGUUGUAUUUGUGGUCUCGUGUUGGAACUAAAUUUAUCCCGAUUUAUCGAUUUUUGAGGAAAAAUUGGGAAUUUUCCGAAAAUCUCAAAGAAAGAGAUGAAGAUGUCACUAUCUGA